AUGCGGUUCACCACUCUUUUCUAUUCCGCCGCCUUGGCGGUCACGACCAUCGCGAGUCCUAUUUCCGCAACGAAUGGCACCAACACGACAUAUGUCGGUCCAGAAAAUGGUCAUCUUGUAAUUGUUGGAGGAAAUUUGCAAAGCGAAAGCAUCUACCAGCGCAUCAUCUCUCUCGCUGGAGGCCCUGAUGCAUCCAUCGUAGUUGUUCCCACUGCAGGCGGCGAAGAUACGUAUGAUCAGAACUUUACUACAGCCGUAGCUUUCCGCAAUUAUGGUGCCAACAAUGUAACGGUUCUGCAUACAUACGAUCCCGCCGUCGCCGACACCGAUGAGUUCAUUGCUCCCUUGUUGGGUGCGGAUGGCAUCUUCUUUGGUGGUGGACGGCAGUGGAGGUUGGUCGAUGCAUACGCUGGAACCAAGACUGAAGUAGCAUUCCAGGCUGUUCUAGAUGCAGGAGGUGUCAUCGCGGGAUCCAGUGCUGGGGCGAGUAUCAUGGGCAGUUUCCUCGCACGCGGUGAUACAGCGAACAAUACCAUCGUGAUAGGUGAUCACACUGUCGGCUUUGGAUAUCUCAAGAACUCGGCCAUCGACCAGCACGUACUAGUACGCAACAGACACUUCGACAUGUUUGAGAUCCUGAACGCCUACCCAGAGCUACUCGGACUGGCGAUUGAUGAGGACACUGCGCUAGUAGUCAAUAAGAACGAGCUGGAAGUCAUUGGUAGCACGUAUGCGCUGAUCUACGACGGCGGCUUUUGGACGAGAGAAGGAAGCUGGGAGAGGCCUCUACCACCGCCAAACGCAAGGUUCUACUUCUUGCGUGAAGGCGAUAGGUAUGAUCUGGGAGCUAGAGCAGUUAUUGAACCCGAAAACAGCGGUACUAGUGAUGAUAAAUAG